AUGUCGCAACAAUGUGCUGAAUCAAAAUGUGAACGAAGAUUUCGUGCUUCAUGUGAUUGUUGUAACAAAAAUCUUUGUUUACAACAUUUAAAUGAACAUAAUGCGUUAGUCAUUUCUCAAUUAACUCCUUUAACCGAUAAAAUCAAUAUGCUUUGUCAUCAGCUCCAAUCGUUCAAUAUACAUGAAGUAACUGGCAUUGGUCGUGGAAAACUUGAACAGUGGCGAAAAGAUUGUCAUGAGAAAAUCGAUCAAAUUUUUGAGAAAAAAUGUCAAGAACUCGAUUAUCUAUUUACCGAAGAAAUGAAUCAACAAAAUAAGAAAAUUCUUCAGAUAAAAUCAAAAAUAGAUAAACUCAUUCGUGAACAAGAAGCAACGAAACAAGAUAUCGAUUUAUUGACAUCAGAAAUUCAUCAACUUGAUGAAGAAAUAACCAAACUUAACAUAACAAAUUUUCAAAUUAAUACUUAUCCAUUAGUAAUAGAAGAUAGUUUUAUUCAAAUCAAUAAAAUUGAUGAAUAUAAGAUUGAUCUAUCAAAUGUUGCACAUGUUCACAGAACACUUAAAAUUCGUGAUGGAAGUUAUACAACACUAGCCGACAAUAAUCAGUUUCUAUUAGUACAUCAAAAGCCAAAUCUAUGCUUGAUUGAUCGAGAAAUGAAUGUAGUAAAACAAGUUUUAUGGUCGUUUAAAUCCAUUUUGGAUAUGUGUUGGUCAUCGACAUUAGAUCAAUUUAUUAUUAUUGAGGAGGAGAAUGUUUUCAUUCUCGACGAUAAAACAAUGUCCAUUCAGAAAAUGAAAAAUAUUCAGAACCGAUCGUGUUUAUCAUGUGCAUGUUCAAAUACAUCGUUAUUUCUGUCAACAAAUUCAUGGGGAUCAUCUAUUUUACAAUUAAGAUUAUCACCUUCGAUUACUAUGGUCAAAGAAUGGACAUCUCCUAUUACAUGUGCAAAAGAUGAACGUAUUGACAAUAUGACUUACAGAAACGAGACACUCGCUAUAAUCAUUAAGAAUAACGUAGACAAAUCGGUGCGGAUAGAACUUCGAUCAUGUGAAACAUUGAAUCGUAUUUGGUCACUACCGCUCAAUAUUAUAUCCAAUGGACCUAUUUUGUUUCGUUGUUGCUCACUCAACUAUAUGGAAUGGUUGGUCACAGAUCACGAGAAUAAAAAUCUAUUACAUAUUACACGAGAUGGUAACUUAAAGACAUUCGUGAUGUAUGAUAGAAUACCUUAUUGUGCUCAAUUACUUCACUCAAACUUGCUGAUUAUAUUUACCGAAAAAGGAAUCAAUUCUCAUCAAGUUUAA